AUGAGCAUAAAAUCUUUUGACGAUCUUGCUGAAAAAAACACGAUGCAGAAUAAGUCUCAAGACACUCAUAUGAGAUUGUCUAUACCUCCACUGAAAAUGUUAGCAGUUACUCUGAGGUAAGUAAAUUUAGUAAAAUUCUAUUUUGAUUAUUUAUUAUAAAUAAGGUAUAGCAGUAAGUAAUAUCAGACAUGGAAGAUGAUGAUGAUGGAGAUAUGGGGUUAAAAUGUCUAGGACUUUGUGAUUGAGUUAAUGUAGUAUGUGAUGGACGCAUUGGAAAAUGUGUGGAAGAUUGGUGAAAUUGAGGUCGAUUUGAGUAUGAUAAUAGGACACAAAGGACCACCGGAUAACGUGCGUUGAAUUUAUAGUAUGUAAUAUUAGGAUAUUCAUAAUUCUGUAGAGGUGGUGGAUUCCUCAUUCGUUUUAUAAUGUGUUCAAAACUUCACAACGAAAUUCUUAUUUCUCAUCUUCCGUGAAAUUGUUGAUGUAUGGAAGAAUACUUUCAAAAAAGGAUCUGUCUGGAUUUGUUUCUGGAAUGGCCAAUAUUAUAGUCGAAGAUGGAAUAGGAGCAUUUAUAAAAUCGAUUAAAGAAGUCUCUGAUUUUGCACGUUUACGCUUUCUUGUAGAGUUUUGUGUAUAUAGAGGAGGAGUUUUAGUACCAUCAAGAUCUAAUGGUACUUAUUCAGAUUGGUCCAAAUCUUCCUAUUCGUCAUUUAGCACGUUAAACGCCGACGACGAUUAG